CAGCCACCGGCGGACAGUGGGUUAAGCAUCUCGAUGUGGAACUUCCGGAUGUGACCACAGAGAGAGGGAGAGACCGGGAGAGACCGGGAGAGACGGGGAGGCGGGGAGACACCAAGCCAUCCAGCCGCCGGCAGCCGUCCGGCCUGCCGCCGCCGGGACCCCGCGCGGGGAGCCCCCGCCACCCCCGCCCGUGCCCCGCGCCCCCCGGCCCCACGCCCGCGCCCCCUCCCAGUCUCCCUCCACCCCCGGUCUCCCCAGUCUCCCGGUCCAUCGUCCUCGGGCCGCCCCGAUCCUCCCGGGACCCCGGGGGGGGAGAAAGGACCGGGGGCCCGACCCCCCGCUCACCCCCGCCCCCGCCGGCAUGAGCCCCUCGUCCUGACCCCCGCGGGGGGAGGGUGCCGGGGGUCCAUGCACGCAACCUCCGCGCUGCCCGGCGCCAGCCACUGACGGCGGCGGGGGUGGGGGGGCCGGUCCCCCGGUCUCCUGCCCCACCCCCUGGCGUCCGCACCGCGGCCCGUCGGGGGCCGCUGCCCCGGGCUGCGCCCGCCCCGCCGGCCAGGCCCUGGAGGGACCCGGGAGCUGCCGCCGGCAUCAGCCCAUGGCCCGGAGGUAUGAUGAGCUGCCCCACUACCGAGGCAUCGUGGACAGCACCGCAGCCCUGGCUGGCUUCUCGGAGGCAGUGCCCUCGACACCGAGAGCCCCCGGGCCCUAUGGCCCCCACCGGCCUCCCCAGCCCCAGCCCCCGGGCUUGGACAGUGAUGGCCUGAGGAGGGAGAAGGAUGAGAUCUACGGACACCCGCUCUUCCCACUGCUGGCCCUGGUCUUUGAGAAAUGUGAAUUGGCCACGUGCUCGCCCCGGGAUGGGGCCGGGGCUGGGCUGGGCACACCUCCAGGUGGUGAUGUAUGCUCCUCUGAUUCCUUCAACGAGGACAUCGCUGCCUUUGCCAAGCAGGUCCGCUCUGAGAGGCCCCUCUUCUCCUCCAACCCGGAGCUGGACAAUCUGAUGAUACAGGCCAUUCAGGUGCUCCGCUUCCACCUGCUGGAGCUGGAGAAGGUCCACGACCUGUGCGACAACUUCUGUCACCGCUACAUCACCUGCCUCAAGGGAAAGAUGCCCAUCGACCUGGUCAUCGAGGAUCGGGAUGGCGGCUGCAGGGAGGACCUCGAGGACUACCCGGCCUCCUGCCCCAGCCUCCCGGAUCAGAAUAAUACAUGGAUUAGAGACCAUGAGGACAGCGGGUCUGUACAUUUGGGGACCCCGGGUCCAUCCAGUGGGGGCCUAGCCUCCCAGAGUGGGGACAACUCCAGUGACCAAGGAGACGGACUAGACACAAGCGUGGCCUCUCCCAGUUCCGGGGGAGAGGACGAGGAGCUGGACCAGGAGCGACGGCGGAAUAAGAAGAGGGGGAUCUUCCCCAAGGUGGCUACCAAUAUCAUGAGAGCCUGGCUGUUCCAGCACCUCUCGGCCUUGGGGACCAGAUGGCUGCUGGGCAGGCAGGGUGACUCUUGCUGGUGGCCACAGCACCCAUACCCCUCGGAGGAGCAGAAGAAACAGCUGGCGCAGGACACAGGGCUCACCAUCUUGCAAGUCAACAACUGGUUCAUUAACGCCCGGAGACGCAUCGUGCAACCAAUGAUCGAUCAAUCCAACCGCACAGGUCAGAGUGCAGUCUUCAGCCCAGAGGGCCAGCCAAUGGGGGGCUACUCGGAAGCUCAGCCGCACAUGACUGUCAGACCUCCAGGGUCGAUGGGAAUGAGUUUGAACUUAGAAGGAGAGUGGCAUUAUCUAUAGAUUCAGGACAAGUACUCCAGCCUCUGGACUGUGACCACCAGGCUCACACCUGGUUCUGGUCCCCACCUGGCCCUCUGACUUCAGGACCCCACCUCCUAAGGCCCCCAAUGCAAUGCCUACCUCCCUGGGGCCCCACUGGGACAUGGGGGCGUGAGCGCCCGCUCGAGGGUCUCUCAAGGACAAAGACAAGGCCCCCAUACCCUGUGCCCCGCUUCUGCCCUCACCUCUGCCUGGAACCCAAGCUGAGAUCCCGGGCCUGGGUCUUCAGAAGAUGGUGGCUGGGGGUCCCCCGCCUCCAGGCCAGAGAAGGGACUGGCGGUGGGCUGGGGAGGUCAGGGAAGGAGGGUCAGCCGGAUCCGACAUUUGGAAGAGGUCCCCUUGUCCUCCCAGCCCACUCCCCACCCCUUCUCUCCCCUACCUCCCUUCAUGGAAGUCUUCUACCUUUUUUUUUUAAUGAUAAAGUCUUAAAAACAAAAAGGCACCAAUCUGAGUUCUUGUGUCUCUUUCGAGAUUCAAAUUCUCAUCAAUUUGAAGCUCAUGAAUCACCAAUUAUAAUAAUAAUUGAUACUCUUUUUUUUUUUUAAAGAUUUCACUUAUUUAUUUGUCAGAGAGAGAGAGAAACAGAGAGCAAGAGCACAAGCAGGGGAAAUGGGCAGAGGGAGAAGCAGACUUCCCGCUGAGCAGGGAGCCUGAUGCGGGAUUCGAACUCAGGACCCAGGCAGGGAUCAUGACCUGAGCUGAAGGCGGCCGCUUUACCGACUGAGCCACCCAGCCGUCCCAAUCAUUGGUACUCUUAAUCCUCACUGUCCUCAGGCACUCUUUAUCAAUUAGCUAUUGCUGUGUAACAAGCCACUCCAAAGCUCUGUGGUUCAAAUGCCAACUAUUUUUUAGCUCAUUAUUCUAUGGGCUAAAAUACUAGGGCUAAUAAUUCUACGGGCUAAAAUUCUAUGGGCUAAUCUACUAGGCUCUGCUGGGCAGUUCUUGUAACUUCAACAGGGUUCUGCUGUGUAUCUGUGGCCUCUUGAGGCCCCAGCUCAGGUCUGACCUGGUUAUCUCAGCUGCAUUAUCUUGGCCACAAAUCUCAAGGCCAGCCCAGAUUCAAGGGAGGAGACAUAGACUCCACCCCUUACAGGCUGGGGAUGGGGGGCUGCAAACUCACAGCACAAGAGAUGGGGACAUGGGGAGGGAUGAAGAAAAAUGGCCACUUUUGCAUUAAUCUCCCACACUGUGGCUCGCAGUCCCAAGGGACACAAACACAGUUACCCAGGGCUGUCCUUGGAAACAUUCAUGUGUGGCCAACAGACCAGCAGACUGCCCAGCAGAGAGGUCAUGAACCCAGACUCCAGCCCAACAUGCCCGGGGUUCAAAUCCCCGCUUUGCUCCCUACCAGCUCCGUGAUCCUCACUUGGACUGAGCAGACCCGCGCUUGGACGCACGAGACCCUCAGAGCCCACCUCCAAACACCACUCACUGACCUACUCAUCUUCGUUUUUUUUAAGAUUUUAUUAU